AUGGAAUUUAUGUACAUAUUGCAGAAAGUGGCCAGAAGGUUAAUAUUUGGGAAAGGACAAGAAAGGAUAGAAAAUGAGACUGAUGAUCGGAGGAAAAAGAUACGGAAAUUCAAGGAAUCAGCAUGGAAAUGUAUAUAUUUUCUCUCUGCGGAAGUUUUUGCACUUGUGGUGACAUACAAUGAGCCUUGGUUGACAGAAACCAAAUACUUUUGGGUAGGGCCCGGUGAUCAGGUCUGGCCUGACCAGAUGUACAAGUCCAAACUGAAGGCACUUUACAUGUAUAGUGGCGGGUUCUAUGCAUACUCCAUAUUUGCGCUAAUAUUUUGGGAGACAAGACGCUCUGACUUUGGAGUUUCGAUGAGUCAUCACGUUGCCACUGCGAUUCUUAUCGCCUUUUCCUAUAUAUCCAGGUGUGUUUCUGUGGAG